AUGGGUGGCUGCAACUCCCACAGCAAGCAACAAAAAGGAGAUGUCCCCUUGGACCCACACCAACGGGUUCCGCUCGCCGCUGCGGCUUCGGCUUCUCUGGCAGCAGCGGCAGCGGCGGCAGCAGGGAGCACCCCGUCUACUGCAGGGGCAACACCAGAAGGGUCAGCGGCGUCCAACUCGUCCCAUGAUGGCAAAGCGAAUGGCUCGUUCUCACCGCCGCAGCGGCGCCCUGCGUUCACCAUCUACAUGGAGGUAGAGGAUAUCGAUGUGGACAGCGGCGGAUUCACUGCGAAUGUACCCACAGACGGUAGUAUGUAUGCAUUGACGCCCGUCGUUCCUGUAGCGCCCUUCGUCGCUCGGGAUUCACGUAGGUUGGCCGCCAGCAUCUUCCAGGAGCGCUACGGCAAGCCGGAUGACAGUGACGACGACGGUGCUGGAAAGGCGGACGCUAAGAAGCCGGACAGUGGUGGGGGAGGCAACGGCAAUGGAGUGACGAGCGUUGACGCUACCGCCCCGACAUCAACAACAACGGCGGUGGCGAGGGUUGCGGAGAAGGAGAUUGUUUCGAAACCACCGGAAGCGCACUCGGAACCGUCCACGUCGACAAUUGAGUGCCAGUCACCCGACUUCACGAUGAGUACGACCUUGCGGCCCCAAACGGCACGCCCGCAACCGUAUAGUGAUAAGCCACACGGCGGGUGUGACGAGGAAGGGCAGAAGCAGGAGGAGGAGGAGGAAGAGGAGGAGAAGGAGGAGGAGGAAGAGAAUGGUAACGUAGAGGACUUCACCAAGACUUCUAAAGCGGUGAGGAGAGGGUUCUUCGGGUUCCGUCUCACCGAUUCGAAGAAAGGAUCCAGCAGCAAGGAAGCGAAUGCGUCCAAGAAGAAGAAUAGAGAAAAGAAGAAGAAGAAGGAGAAGGAGAAGGAGAAGGAGAAGGAG